UCAUGUCCAGCAGUCACUCCGGCACAAUGGGCCGUAAGCGGACGGGCAGCGGCAGUGCUGCCGGCAGUGAGUAUUACUAUGCUUCCGGCGGACUGGCAGGACUCGCAGGACUUCCAGGAUCGGGCAGCGGAGGCGGUGGCGGUGGCGGUGGCGUCGGUGGAGGAGAGCAAUUGCGACGUCAGCGAUCCGCCGAGUGGCACAGUCACGGUCGACACAGUCACGGCCACGGUCACGGUCACGGCCUGGGUCACGGCCUAAGUCACGGCAUGGGGCACGGAUACGGCAGCAGCAGCGAGGACGAGUACCAGAACACCGGACAGACGACGGCCUUCGACACACAGCUGCUCGCCCAGCUGCUGCUGCAGAGUCAGCAAUUGGCAAGCAUGGAGCACUAUAAUUCGGACUGCGAACCGGACUACCUGAGGCAGCGCGAUCGUCACCUAGAGGACACGCCCCUGGGCGAUGCCCCGCCCCCCGUGGCGACCGCCCCCGAGGUGACCUACGCCCAGCCGCACCAGCAGCGCUCCUCGAUGGGUUCGCCACUGAAGUUGGUCUCCACCGUUUCGGCGGGCAAAUACCAAUCGAACGCGAACUUGGGCCUGUUUCCCAACAGCAGCAGCAGCGGUGGCAGCAGCGUUCAGAAUGCAGCCACUGCCAAUACGCCGCGCAGCACGAAUCCCUUCCUCAGCUCGAAGUUUUCGGGGGAGGAGAACACGCUGGACAACAUCCUGAAAACAUCGGCUUCGUCCUCUACGGCGGCCUCCAGUAAUCGCAGUCAUCGCAACCGCAACACACUGAAUCGUCUGAGUGGCAUGACCAGUUCGAGCAGCGAUUCGCAGACCCACCAGCAACUGCAAAUCGCACAGCAGCAACAGCAGCAGCAGCAACAGCAGCAACAGAUUGCCGCGGUGAAGCAGCAAAUGCUGCCGCCGGAGGACAGCGGCGACGAUGAGUUCGUCCUGGGCUCCCUAAAUGUGGACUUGGACAUGGGCAACGUAAAUGGCAACGGGAAUGGCAACGGCAACGGCAACGCCAACGGCAACUACAGCAGCGGCGGCGAGUCGGAGGAACCGCCGCCGGAACCGGCGCCCCCGGAAAUACCGCCGCGCACCCAGUCGCUCCUCAUGUCCCUACGCAAGCACUCCGACUACAAGCUCAAGUACGAGGAGAAGGGCGACCAGAAGCACGAGGAGUUCAUACCCACCAGUCAGCUGCAAAAGGAUUAUAUUAUCAGCGAUAACCUCCGCUCAGAUCAGCAGCUUAAGCCCCAUUCACCAGGCGACUCAAAUGGAUUGGGCGGCCACCCACAACAGAUGCCGCAGAGCAUGUCAACUGGCAGCAACACAAUCGGCCACGGCGGCAUCGAUCGCGGCGGCGUUGGACUGCCGAUGGGCGCCGGCACCAUGCCCGGCGGUGUGGGCGGUGGCCAGGUGGGCGUGGCCGGCGGACAGCAAGUGGGCGUUGGACCGCCCGGGAGCGGUAACGGUGGCAAUUGCCAGAUAAGCGGCUCACAGCCGCUGGUCAUGCCCGGAUUCCCGUUGCGUAAUUCCCACUCAGCCCAUGCACCGCAUUAUUCGCCAUAUUCGCCAUCCAGGUUUCACAUAGAUAAACGCUGUCAGCACCGAUGUUCCUGGAAAUGCUUGAGCAUCGCCUUAAUAUUCGUAUCCGUCGUCCUAACAGCCAUGUUGGCAUACUUUGCAGCAGUCAGCUCGAUGAAGCCGAACAUGGACAGCACCAACUGCAUCCUAGUCCAGGACGUCAAGUCGCAGCCGCACGAUCUGCGGGGCGGAUUGGGGGGCAAGGCGAACGAGAAGGGCGUGGCCACGGCCUUUCCCACGGAGGAAUCAAUCCAGACCAGCACCUCGGACCACGGCCCGAACGGAGUCCAUGGCCUGCUGAAUCCAGCGGCGGGUGGAGCAAACGGAGCCAGUAAUUUGGGCAUCCAGCAGCAGUUACUCCUGCAGCAACAACAGCCGCACUCGAUCAACCAACCGCUCACGCCGCUAGAUGCCACCAAUACGCAACUGCAGGAUCACCACCAGUUGACCUACGGUGGUGCCAUGGUCGGUGGUGGACCGAACGGCGCUCUGAACGGCGGACUGGGUGGUCAGUUGAUGCAACAGCCGGGCGGUCUGUCCAAUGGCCACCACCAUCAGGCGCUGCAGCCCCAACUCGGCGGUGUGGUGGAGCUGAAGGAGUUCAAUGAGGCCUACCACGCCACCAUACCCGCCUAUCAGUUCUGGACCCUGGAAUUCCGCAACAAACAUCCCGCAUUCAUUAGAUUCAAUUUCACUCUGCCCUGGGGCGCCCACUUUGCGGUCUAUUCGCGUCGCAAUGUGGCGCCAUCGGUGACGCAGCACGAUUUCGUGGAGUUCAUCAAGGGCGGUCGACUGGACAGUCAUCUGAGACAUCGCCGCAGCUCCAAUGGCACAUCAUCCCCACACUCUUCGAUAGCCGGCCAGGAUGUGGAACUGUAUGGCCAGGAUCGGGAGAGGGAGCGGGAGCAACAGAGUGCGGAAUCGACCCAGGAUCAGGAUUCGGAACAGGACGAGAGCCGGAGCUUCGACUCGAGUGAGUCGUACGAUGUGGAAACGCCCCUGGACACGGCCAAGCAACACCUGCAGCGGAUUGGAAAGCCCCAGAGCCACUGGCUCAACAAACGAUCCGCCGGCGAUGGUCUGCCCGCUCUGGACGUGGAUGCCAUGACGGUGAAUGUGUCGCUGCUGCAAUAUCUGGACACCGGGCUGUGGUUCAUAUCGGUCUACAACGACGAACUGGUGGCCCACUCCGUUUCCCUGCUCGCCGAGGAAGCCGAGGGCGUCAGCACCACCUGUCCGAACGAUUGCUCUGGCCGGGGAAGCUGCUACCUGGGCAAGUGCGACUGCAUCGAUGGCUAUCAGGGUGUGGAUUGCUCCAAAAGCGUCUGUCCGGUGCUGUGCUCGGCACACGGCCACUACGGCGGAGGCGUCUGCCACUGCGAGGAGGGCUGGAAGGGCGCCGAGUGCGACAUUCCGGUGGGCGAGUGCGAGGUGCCCAACUGCUCCAGCCACGGACGCUGCAUCGAGGGCGAGUGCCACUGCGAGCGCGGCUGGAAAGGACCCUACUGCGAUCAACACGACUGCCUGGAUCCCCUGUGCUCCGGACACGGCACCUGUGUCGCCGGACAAUGCUAUUGCAAGGCCGGAUGGCAGGGCGAGGAUUGCGGCACGAUCGACCAGCAGGUGUACCAAUGCCUACCCGGAUGCUCCGAGCAUGGCACCUACGACCUGGAAACAGGUCAAUGUGUGUGCGAGCGCCAUUGGACGGGACCCGAUUGCUCCCAAGCCGUCUGCAGUUUGGAUUGCGGCCGGAACGGAGUGUGUGAGUCCGGAAAAUGCCGCUGCAAUUCCGGAUGGACUGGCAACCUGUGCGACCAACUGCCCUGCGAUUCCCGCUGCUCGGAACAUGGCCAAUGCAAAAAUGGCACCUGUGUCUGCUCCCAAGGAUGGAAUGGCCGUCACUGCACGCUGCCUGGCUGCGAAAAUGGUUGCUCUCGACAUGGACAAUGUACCCUGGAAAAUGGCGAAUACCGUUGCGAUUGCAUUGAGGGAUGGGCUGGAAGCGACUGUUCCAUCGCACUGGAACUGAAUUGCAAGGAUAAUAUCGACAAUGAUGGCGACGGCAUGACCGACUGUUCGGACAGCGAGUGCUGCUCACAUCCCGCCUGCUCGGAGCACAUCAUGUGCCUGUCCUCCAACGAUCCCGUGGAGGUCCUGCUCCGGAAACAGCCGCCCUCGGUGACGGCCUCCUUUUACCAGAGGGUCAAGUUCCUGAUCGAGGAAAACUCGGUGCAGUCGUACGCCCACAUGGACGAGUACAGCGAAAAUCUCUUCUGGAGCUCGUUCACACCUUGUCGCGUAUCGGUGAUGCGAGGUCAGGUGAUCACACCCCAAGGUCUGGGCAUCGUCGGCAUACGGGUUUCCGUGGAUCGUGAUUCCCGAUUUGGGUUCACCCUAACUCGUCAAGGAGGAUGGUUCGAUGUGCUGGUGAAUGGUGGCGGAGCGGUGACCUUGCAGUUCCAGCGCUCCCCCUUCCGACCUUUGACCCGCACCGUCUUUGUGCCCUGGAACCGGAUCGUGGUGCUUCCGCCCGUGCAAAUGCAGCUGAGCGACGACGACGAGACGACCAGCCGGAAUAUCAAGGUGGCUCCGCUGAAUCCCGCCCUGACGUUCCUGAACUCGAUCCACUAUCACACGGCGGACGAGGCCAACGAUGCCAGCAAGGUGUGCAUGGACCACGAUCACGAGAAGCUGCGGCCCCAACUGAUCAGCACCUGGAUGCCAAAUGGAGUGGGCGCCAUGCCCGGCAAGAGGGUCAUCUUUGCCGAAACUCAGAUCGUGCAAGAAUCCAUCCAAAUACCGGGCUCGGAUCUCCACCUGACGUAUCAAUCCUCGCAAGCCAGCGGCUACCUGAGCAUCGUGCGCAUGCGUCUGACCGCUGAGACCAUACCGCCCACCCUGACCCACGUGCAUGUGGGCGUGGAGAUCGAGGGCGCCCUGCAUGUGAAGACGUACGAAGCGGAUCCCAGUUUGGUGCACACGUUUGCGUGGAACAAGCGCAACGUGUAUCGCCAGAAGGUAUACGGUGUGACCGUGGCAAGGAUUUCGGUGGGCUACCAGCACAGCACAUGCCAGUCGCCCGUUUGGAUUGCCCAGACGGCCAAACUGCAGGGCUACGACGUGGAUAUAUCCGACAUCGGGGGAUGGGGUCUGGACAUCCAUCAUCACUACAACUUCCACGAGGGCAUAUUGCAGAAGGGCGAUGGCAGUACGCUGCACAUGAAGGAGUACCCGCGAACGGUUAAGGUGGUGAUGGGCACCGGCCUGCAACGACCUUUGACCUGUCCCGACUACUGCAAUGGCGUGGCCAAGGAUGCCAAGCUGCUCACUCCGAUUGCCCUGGCCACCGGACCGGACGGCAGUCUCUAUGUGGGUGACUUCAAUCUGGUGCGUCGCAUUACGCCCGACGGCAAGGUGUUCACCAUCCUUCAGCUGAGUGCCACGCAAGUGUCGUAUCAAUAUUACCUGGCCGUCUCGCCGGCCGACGGACACCUGUACAUCUCCGAUCCGGAGAGGCACCAGAUCCUCCGGCUGCUGCGGCUCGAGAAGGUGAAGGAUCCGAGCAUCAACAGUGAUCCCGUGGUGGGCAGUGGCCAGCGUUGCAUUCCCGGCGACGAGGGCAAUUGCGGCGACGGUGGUCCCGCCCUCCUGGCUCGACUGUCCCAUCCCAAGGGACUGGCCAUCGCAGCCGAUCGCACCAUGUACAUUGCCGAUGGCACCAACAUCCGAGCCGUGGACCCCAAGGGUGUGAUCCACACCCUAAUUGGCCAUCACGGACACCACAAUCACUGGAGUCCGGCUCCCUGCAGCGGCACCUUGAUGGCCAAUCAGGCGCAAUUGCAAUGGCCCACCGGCCUGGCACUGAGUCCCCUGGACGGCUCACUGCACUUCAUCGACGAUCGCCUGGUCCUGCGGCUCACCUCGGACAUGAAGAUCCGCGUGGUGGCCGGCACACCGCUGCACUGCAGCAAUGGCGGGCAGGACGGCAGGGUCAACAAGACGGGCACGGACAAUGUCCUGGGCACCGUUCUGGCCAUGGCCUUCUCGCCCUUCGGCAAUCUUUACAUUGCGGACAGCGACUCGAGAAGGGUCAAUUCCAUUCGCGUGGUGGACACUGCCGGAAAUAUGCGAUACUUUGCCGGAAAGCAGGAGGGCACAGGUUCCCAGACCUGCGACUGUGCGAUUGGAGGCGGUGGCAAUGGCAGCGCUGCCUCCGCGGGAGUGGGCGGGGCCAGCGGUGGCGCCUAUUCGACAACGGUUAACCCAACGCGGCCGAAUGGCGGCACCACGCCCACCACCCCGUCGGGCGGAAACGGAAGCGGAAAUGGCAACGGUUCGUCGGCCACCUCGAGCACUGGUGGCUCCUCCUCCGGCGGUGGGGCGAACGGCGGUGGUGCCUGCAUCUGUGCUGGCGGCAUUGCCCUCUCCGCCGGAUCCGGCUCGAACUCCGGCUCCGGAAAUGGCAACGGCAACGGCGGCGGCACCCUUGCCAGCAUCGUGGGCAGCGGCGGUCUGAUGUCCACGGGACCCACAACGACCACCACUGUGCUGCUGGGCGCCAAGACCACGGCAGCGGGCAUCGGCGGCGGGGCGGCCACCUUGAACGACGACGGCACACUCAGCAACGCGGAGACGCUGCUCUCCUCGAACGCCCGAUUCCAGGCCAUUUCCGCCAUCGCAGUGGCCCAGGACGGGGUCAUCAAUGUGGCCGAUCAAGGAUCUCUGCACGUGCUGGCCCUGGAGCACUAUUUGCCGUCGCACGACGAGAACGGCGAGUUCCACAUCCCCUUCCCGCCCUCCAGCGAGAUCUACGUGUUCAACCGGUACGGCCAGCAUGUGGCCACCAAGGAUUUGACCUCGGGCAAGACCCGCUACAGUUUCCUCUACUCGAAGAACACCAGCUUCGGCCGCCUGUCCACGGUGACGGAUGCGUCGGGCAACAAGAUUCAGUUCCUGCGCGACUACAGCAACGUGGUAAGUUCGAUCGAGAACACACAGGACCACAAGUCAGAGAUCCAGAUCAACGGCAUCGGGAUCAUGACCAAGCUGAGCGAGAAGGGUCGCCAGGAGAUCGAGCUGGACUACGACAGCAACACGGGACUGCUCAACUCGCGCUCCUCGGGCGGCGAGACGUACAUCUAUCAGUACGAUGAGUUUGGUCGCGUCACCGGCCUAAUCCUGCCCAGCGGCGAGAUAGUGCGCAUCACCUCCCAGUUGGCGGCCAGCCAAGGUCUCACUGUCCGUGUCCAUGCCUCCGUCGAGUCGCUCUUCUCGCGUGAACAUCUUGCCGGCGAUGCCAACGAACUGUUGGUCCUAGGCGGUGUCCAAUCCACCCACUUGAAACGCGGCCAGGCGCACGCCGAUGCCGAACUGAAGGCCAACAACACCCUAGUGAUCCACGGCGACAAUGGUGUCGUAGUGGAGGCCUCUGCCGUCGCCCGCCAUCCCCUACUGGAGGCCGCCCUGCCCGUGGAGGCCGAAAUGCUGGCCAUGUGGUCACAUCAGAGCGUCACCAUGGGCGAGGGUCUGACUAAUUCGAUGUACUCGGUGUACAGUUUGGUCGGCGAUGUGCGCAAUCCCCAGCAGACACUGAACCGCGAACUCUGGGUCAAUCAGUCGCGGGUGCUCGGCGUCGAGUUCGAUCAGUACACCAAUCGCGAGACCUUCUACGAUGCCCGCCGCACGCCCAUCCUCAUUGUGGCGUACGAUCAGUCCGGUCUGCCCAAGUCCUACUAUCCCACCAACGGGCAUCCGGUGAACAUCACCUACGAUCGCUUCAAUCGCGUCGAGGGUUGGGCCUGGGGCCCCGCCGAACUCAAGUACAGCUACGACCGGCAUGGACUGCUCUCGGAGAUCACGUCGCAACAGGACGGCAUUGUAUCGUUCGUGUACAACGACUGGAAUUUGGUAUCCGAGAUCGGUUUGGCCAGCCAGCGCAAGUUUGUGCUGCAGUACGACGAUGCCGGUGGACUGCGGCACGUGGUCCUGCCCUCGGGCACACGGCACAGCUUCAGCAUGCAGACCUCCAUUGGCUUCAUCCGGUGCACCUACACGCCGCCGGGCAGCACCAGGGCCUACCUGCAGCACUACAGCCAUGCGGGCGCCCUGCUCCAGACCAUUUUGCCGGGCGACGGGGCACGCAUCGUCUAUCGCUACAAUGCCGCCGGUCAGCUGACCGAGGUGGUGCACGGCGACGGUCGCAGUGAGUUCCAGUACAACGAGGCCACCGGUAUGCCCAGCACAGUGUCGCACACGGAACGGGAGCUGGAGUACCGCUGGGACUUUGAGUAUGCCGCCGGUCUGCUGGCCGAAGAGCGCAUCGACUAUGUGGCCAAGACGGGCCUGAGCAAUGCCAAGUUUAGCUACGAGUAUGACUCACAGUUGCGUGUGGUGGCCCUCCAGGGACGGAUCGGUGGUCAGAGUUUGCCCACGCAGGCUUUUGCCUACGAUGGCCGCACCGGUCGACCCAGUUUGAUUGGCCAAUUCCGGUUCACGCAGCCGGCGCUCAAUCAGACGCAACUGCACGAUGGCACGGCCAGCUUUACGCGCACCGUCGACGGUCGCUUCCAGACGCAACGCAUGGCCCUGGCCAUCCAUCGGCUGGAGGUGUUCCGCAUGGAGUUCUCGUACGGCGUCCACGGACGCAUUGCGCAGACGCGUACAUACACGCGCAACAUGGCGGUGAACAGCUACACGAACGUGAAGAACUACACGUGGGACUGCGACGGGCAGCUGGUGGGCGUGGAGGCGCAGGAGCCGUGGGGUUUCCGCUACGACGACAAUGGCAAUCUGCUGUCGCUGACGUAUCGGGGCAAUACCAUACCGAUGGAGUACAAUGGCCAGGAUCGGAUCGUGAAGUUCGGCGAGGGGCAGUACAAGUACGAUGCCCGCGGACUGGUGGCCCAGAAUGCACGCGAGGAGCGCUUCCACUACAACACACAGGGUCUGCUGGUGAGGGCCUCGAAGCGGGGACGCUUCGAUGUGCGCUACUACUAUGAUCACCUGAAGCGGCUGACCACGCGCAAGGACAACUUUGGGAAUGUGACGCAGUUCUUCUACACCAACCAGCGGCGGCCGUACGAGGUUAGCCAGAUCUAUUCGCCGCGUGACGGCAAACUGAUGUCGCUGACGUACGACGAUGUGGGCCAUCUGAUCUAUGCCCAGGUGUACCGGCACAAGUACUACGUGGCCACGGACCAGAGCGGCACUCCGCUGAUGCUCUUCAAUCAAUACGGCGAGGGCAUACGCGAGAUCAUGCGUUCACCCUUUGGCCACAUUGUGUACGAUUCGAAUCCGUACUUGUACCUGCCCAUUGACUUUUGUGGCGGCAUUCUGGAUCAGGUGACGACGCUGGUGCACAUGGGCGACGGUCGGGUGUACGAUCCCCUCAUCGGACAGUGGAUGUCGCCGGACUGGCAGCGUGUGGCGGAGCGGAUCAUAACGCCCACGCGGUUGCAUUUGUAUCGCUUCAAUGGCAACGAUCCCAUCAAUGUGGGCCAUGAGCGUCAGUAUCCGCAGGACUUUGCCGCCUGGAUGCGCACGCUGGGCUACAAUGUGGGCAAUCUGGUGCCCCAGUUGGCCCGCGAUCUGUGGCAGCCGCCAGCGCUGUGGGGUCGUCCCCCGGCCAAUCCGGUGGCCAAUCCGGUGGCCCUCAAUCUGCGACGGCCCUUCGAUAAUAUACCCACGAUGGCGGUGGAGAGCGGCUUCCUGGCGCACCUCAAUGUGCGCCGAAUGUCCGACUUUGAGCAGCUGUCCGCUCCGCCGCGGUCUGCCCUCAAGUGCGAUGUGAUGGAUCCAUCGCCCAAGACCAUUGGAUCGGACACGGAGCCACCGUUCGGCAAGGGCAUCGUGGUAUCGCGCACCGCCGACGGACAGGCCAUCGUGUCCAGUGUGCCGGCGGCCAAUGCCAUUUACCGCGACGUCUACACCAGCGUCUUCAAUCGCUCCAAGCUGCUGCCCUUCACCUUUGUGGUGCACAAUGCCCAGCAGGACUCGUUCUUCUUUGUGAAGGAGGACGCCUGGCGGGCCACCGAGGAUCGCCAGCAGCUGAAGCGGCUGCAGGGUCAAGUGAACACCACCUUCCAUGAGAUCACGCGCGAGGCGACAGUGGGAGUGGGAGCAGGAUCAGGAGGAUCAGGAGGAGGAGGAGGAUCUUCUGCGACCUCAUCAUCAUCAUCAGCAGCAUCAUCAUCUAGCUCGUCGGCAAACACGGGCAACUAUCUGGAUGUGAAGAUUCAUGGAGCACAUGCCAUCAUCAAUCUGCGCUACGGCACCACGGUGGCCAAGGAGCAGCAGCGACUGAUGCACCAUGCCAAGCUGACGGCGGUGCGGAAGGCGUGGCACCGCGAAAAGGAGGCGCUGCGCAGCGGUCUGACCACCGCGCUCGAGUGGAGCCAGCAGGAGACCGAGGAGAUACUCAAGCAGAGCUAUGCCAACAACUACGAGGGUGAGUACAUCCACGACGUGGCCCUCUAUCCGGAGCUGGCGGAGGAUCCCUACAACAUCAAGUUCGUGAAGAAGAAGGGCGCCACCGGCGGUGCAGCGGGCGUGGCCAAUUCGCGACGGCGUCGCCGCCGAUCCACCGAUCCUCUCCAGGCAGAGGAAGUCGUCGACUGUUAGCUCAACGGAGGAUCAGGAACCAGAGCAACCAGAGCAGCUGGAGGAAACCCCAAAAAACCAGCCACUAAAACGCAAGGAACGUCGUAAAACCGAAGAACAGGAGACAUAAUUAUUUAUAUUUAUACAUAUAUAUAUAUAUAAACAUAUAUAUAUAUAUAUAUAUAUAUAUAUAUAUAUAUAUUUAUAGUACAUAAAUCUAUGUUAUUGAACCAGUUUUUUGAUGUCAAGGAACAUUAUAUAUACAUAUACAUAAAAUAUUUUUUUUUUAUUGUUAGCCACUAGAGAAAAGUAAUUGCAAAAGUAAUGAAAUUUAAGAAAACUAAGCAAGCGACAUGCCCACAUAAUCCCAUGUAGCAUGCAUGUGCGUUUAUAUGUGUGUGUGUGUGACGUCAGCAAAGCCGCAGAUACAGAUACAUUUACAGAUAAAGAUACAGAUACAGCCACGAAUAUAGAAGCAGUUAUAGAUAUACAGAUAUAUAUAAAUAUAUAAAUAUAAAUAUAAAUAAAUAAAUAUAUAAAGAAUAGCAUAGUGUAGUAGUCAUACCCUGCAUACAAGACAUAUGUACAUGCAUACUCACCACAAUAAGGGGGGAGCAAAAAAAAGAAAAGGAAAUGGGAAAUGGGAAAUUCAUUAUUGGGGGGCUGGGGUGUAUCUUUUUUUCGUGGUACUCGAGCUUUUUGAGACUGGCAUAGUUUUAAACAUGAACAAAGUAAACGGCGACUGACCGACGGACCUUCGAGAGCUGAUCCCGCAGAUCUUCCCUUGCCAAAAAAAAACAAUUCCAGCCAACCAAUGUACAUACAAAAAAAAAAAAAAAACAAAACGAGAGCGGUGGUGGUGGAAAUUGGGAAAAGCGGAAACGGAAGUGGAAAUUCAGGGGACAGCCCAGACCAAAAUACAACCACACAUACACACACACUUCGACAGACUAAACUACACUAGGCAACCGGGUUUUGGGGUUGUGGGAGAUUUUUGCUUAGCGAAAGCUUUCUCUCAUUUGCUUUGCACAGUGUCAGCUUCGAAAACAAAAACAGAACAACAUAAUUAUAGGGAUAAAACAAAAAAAAAUGUAGCUGCUAGGCAAGGUGUUUUUUUUUUUUUUAUUAAAUAAUAUAUAAAUGGAUAUACGUUAAGUAUAGAACACACACACACACACACAUAUUUAUAGAGAGAAACCUAUAGCUGUAAUGUCCUGAUAGAUAAGUUUAAGUUUUGUCCUACUUAAUUAAUUAAUUUAUUCAAUAUUAUUGUUCAUAUAUGGCCGAGGCAAGGGCAACACAUCCACAAUCCAAAAAGAGAAAAGAAAACAGAAAAUGAGAAAAAAAAAUAGAAAUCGAACUAAUUGUAAUGAUAAAUAUUAACGCUAUUAUUGUGUGGAAUGUAAAAUGUGAAAUGUUUUGUUAUUAUUUGUAAGUCUGCUUUUCUCGAAACUCAGCUCAAUGCGGCCCAAAUAAAUUCACAACCAUAAAACGAAUCGAACUAAAUAAAGCUUAAAAACAGUAUUAAAAAAAAAAAAACGAAAAACAAACACAAACACGAAAUAGAUAUAUGAUUUCAGCAUGGAACCCUGAUCGAGAUCGUUGAGCUUUCCGUCCAAUUUGAUUGAGAUUGAGAGGGAUCCAAAAAGAUAUUAGAUGCCAAUUAAAGUAGAAUUUGAACGGAUGAUUUCCGCCCAAUUUGCUUCGCUUGAGAAUCGCCCACAUUUUGCAGCUCGAGUUUCCCUUGUUUUCCAUGAAUUGGUGCUUAUCGAAUUUAUUGCCACAACUGUAUGUGUAGCUAUAUAGUUGAAUAAUCGCGUGUGUUGCUCCGUUUCCUUGCCUCCUAGAACGUAAGCGCAGAAUUGCUAAUAAAAAAAAAACCCCUGUAGAAAAGGAAAACAAAAGAUUGCUGAAUUAGUUGCGAACGAGCAAGAAAACGAAAUUUUAUAAAAAUUACCAACUCGAAACCCAGACCACAAAACGAGGCCAAAACGAUCGAUCAGUUGGGCUAGAAGGGAGCAGGUGGAGCCAGAAAAGUAGAACGCAGCUUAGAGCAGAAUGAGUGUCCGUAUGAGUGUCCGCUUAAGAGAGAGAAUGCCGGAUCAAUGUCCGUACAAGUGUACGGAUCCCCUUUGGGAUCGAGUGUCCGGAAGGAUGUCCGAAUAACGAAAAGAGAGAGGGUCCGUUCAAGGCAGAGAAUAUACGGACAAGUGUCCGCUUAAGAGAGCAAUGGUGUCCGCUUAAGAGAGAGAAAGGGUGUCCGCGUGCGUGCGAAAGCGUUAUAUCAAAAUAUAAGAAAAGGAAAUCGGAGUCUCGUCUCACGAUAUUUGCCGGAGUAUCUGUGUAUAUAUAUUAAGGCUAAUCAAGGUAAACUAGUGUUAUAUCGUAUAUGGCACCGUGCAUCGUAAUCUCUAGUUAUAAAAACAAAACAAAAUAAAAACAUAGAGGCCCACACACAAAAGUGUGUGCAAUUUUUUUGGCUUUUUUUUUUCUCCAUCGUUGUCGCGCCUAAUUAGAUGUAAAAUAAACAAGACAAACUAUCGGAUAAAUGGCAUAUAUAUUAUAUAUGUAAUAUGUAUAGGAGUCUAUGUGUUAGAUGUACGUGUGCGGGGUACCACUGUACUUUCCGCUCGAAUUUCUCCCAUCUGGUUUUCGAUUCGUUUCCAUUUCCGUUUCGUUGAUUGGCAAACCAAAACAAUUCGAAAAAGAGCAGGAGUCAGUUACCUAUUAGAAUUUGGCAAGCAUAAAGAGCAAAACAAGCAACAAAAAACACGAAAUGAAAUUGCUUCAAAAGCAAACAAAAAAAAGAUAAACAAAUGGCACACUAAAAUUAAUAUUAUGAAUUAGAGCGAACUAUGAAAUGGCUUGAGAACGAAGAAACCGAAAUAAAAUAAAGUAAAAGUAAAAUAAAACAAGAACAGCAGACGCAGCAACAAAUAUUUAUGUGUACAUAACUGAAAACCAAGUAUUUUAGGAUAUUUAUGUUAGAGCUACACGAACUCCAACUUAAACCGAUGGAGUCACUUACAACUAAACCUAAAAUUAAACCUAAAACUAAUGCUAAAGUCGAAGGGCAAAAAUGAGGAGAGCGCAGAAGAAGAAAUACUUAGCAAAUAAAGAAACAGGGAAACAAUUGAGAUAAAUUAACAUUUAAACGUUUUGCACACCACAAACAAAAUAAACAAGCUAAACAACAACUAGAACAGAACACUCACACAAAUACAGAUACAUUUACAGAUACACACCCACACACACCCACACACACCCACAGCCACAGAAAUUCAGAUACAUAUACAGAUGCACUCGACAACAGCAAAGCAAACAACAAAAUUUAGCAACAACAAGAAUUUAUGAGAUAUAAUAAACAAAUAAACAAAAUAAUAUAAACAAACCAACCAAAAGGCAGCGACGCAACAAGAAAAGUUGAAAUACUUAUUAUAAACAAAUAAAACGCAAAGGAGAACAAAUUAUAUUUAUUAGACAAAAUAGCAGAGAAGAGGAAUCUGUAGUAUAUCGAACUAUGUAAUUCACAAAUAGUAAAUAAACCGAGGCAAACCAAGAAAACCUAAGGAAUAUUGUAGGGCAAAUUUAACUAAACUAAAGUCGAACAUAAAACACCCCAACUUUUUUUUGUCUGUGUAAGCUUAGUGGAGAAUUCAAGGGCCGGCGGGGAGGGGGCGGAAAAUCGGAAAAUCCCCUUCACAAACCCCCCCACCCCGCAAUUGGCAAUGCAAACGAUAAACGAUAACCCCCCAUUCAUCACCUAGAUCCCCCUAGGCAUAUGCAUAUAUCUAUCGGUAAAUGAACAAUUAUAUAUGGCAUUAUAUUACCACAGCAGAACAGUAAAAUAAAAUGACAUAAAAUAAAAAUAAUUACGAUAAUUAUUGCAAUAAUGAUAAUGAUAUACCAUAUAUGUAAUGAUUUCAACGCGAAACCAGAAUAUUUUAAGCGUAUUAAGUUGAACUAUAUUAUAUAUGAAAAUAUAUAUAUAUAUAUAUAUAAAUGGAAAAAACAAAACAAAAACAAUGCGACAAGCGAUAAAAAUAAACCAAAACAAAAAAGAAAACCACACACAACACAACUUCUGAGGAUAUCAAGGGUCUAAGAAUAAAUAAAAACUAAUGAAUUAAUUAAAAAUAAAUAAAUGAAUAUGAAAACUA